AGAGAGAGAGAGAGAGGACAAGAGAGAAGAGGACAUGAAAGCCGGUUAAAGACGGCAAAACAAACAUCUUCUUCCUCGCCGGCUACCCUCUGCUUAAUUCCACAGACACACGCUUUCUUCUUCCCAACCCAUUCUUUAAUCUCCAGCUCCCUUUUAAAAGCCCUCGCCAUUGGAGACCCAGUCAUACAUUCCAUCUUUUUAACUUAUUCCCUCCAUCCCCUCCCCUCCACACACAGCUAGCAGCUAGCUAGCUACCAAUUCCCUCUCCCACAACUCGAUCGCCCUCCCAAAAGCCUGCUUCCAUGACGAAGUUAUCACAGCAAAACAUGAAGAAAAAUCUCAAGAACCCUACUAACAGCUCCGCUUCGGCGACGUCGACGAAGCCCAAGAGGACUAGGAAGACUGUCCCCAGAGAUUCGCCUCCUCAGCGUAGCUCCAUUUACAGAGGUGUUACCAGGCAUCGAUGGACUGGGAGAUAUGAAGCUCAUUUGUGGGACAAGAACUGCUGGAAUGAAUCACAGAACAAGAAAGGAAGACAAGUCUAUCUCGGUGCCUAUGAUGAUGAAGAAGCUGCCGCUCAUGCUUACGAUUUGGCAGCACUGAAAUACUGGGGCCGAGAAACCAUUCUAAACUUUCCGUUAACGACGUACGAGAAAGAACUGAUAGAAAUGGAAGGGACAUCCAGAGAAGAAUACAUUGGAUCAUUGAGGAGGAAGAGCAGUGGCUUCUCUAGAGGAGUGUCAAAGUAUAGGGGAGUUGCAAGGCAUCACCAUAAUGGAAGAUGGGAAGCUAGGAUUGGCAGAGUUUUUGGCAACAAAUACCUUUAUCUUGGAACAUAUGCUACCCAAGAAGAAGCAGCAAUUGCAUAUGAUAUGGCAGCUAUCGAGUACAGAGGAGUCAAUGCCGUUACCAACUUUAACCUUAGUCGUUACAUAAAAUGGUUAAAACCCAACAGCAAUAAUAAUACUAACAAUUCAAACCCCAAUGUCGAACCAAACUUCAUUACACCAACCAACCCUAACCACGAGCUCGGAUUAAGCCUCGACCGCUACAAUCAAGAGCCCUUCUCGAUCGUUAACGAAGUCGGUCCAGGUCCAACCCCGCCCCGGCCGACCACUGCCACAACAGCCCUUGGGCUUCUGCUCCAGUCAUCGAAAUUUAAGGAAAUGAUGGAGAUGACCUCGACAAUAACCGAGUGCCCGGCUGACCCUCAGGAGUCUUUUUCGCCACACUGCAGCUUCCCGAAUGACAUCCAAACGCACUUUGAGGCUCAAGACUUUGGGCUGUAUGGUGAAGGAGACGAUGCUAUAUUUGGAGAGCUCAACUCAUUCAUGUUUGAUGGUUAGGGAAGGCAGCUAAUGAGGAAGGAAGAAGAAUUCUUUGUGAGUAGGAAGAAGGAAUAAUGAGGUCAUAGGAAAAUAUAAAAAAAUUCUUUAUUCUCUUCUGCCCAGAUGGAAAAUAAUCUGAGAGAGGGUGACAUUUGUUUAUUAAUGUAUCUUCUUAAUUGACCAAUUAAAAAAAAAAAAGAAAAAAACCAAAAUCCUCUGUCUGGUCUUUGUAGUCUGAAAUUUUAUUUAUUUUUGUAAAUUUAUUUAAAAUUAAUCAGAGUUAUUUCUUUCUUUCAAUUGAAUGACAAAAAUUUUGUAAAGUUGCACUUCAAACCUCUAAUU